AUGGCUCAUCCUUCCCUUUGGCUCUUCUCUGUACUGAUCCUCUUUCUGAUGAUCACUGGGGGUCUCAGCUCGAGGCCACGGAUGGCCGCCAAUGUCCCUGAAAAUGACAACAGUUUCCCAAACCGGGAUUCCUGGAUGCGAGUUACCCCGUACCAACACAGGCAAGGGAUGGGUAACCGUCAAACGGACCGUGACGAGAUGCCGCCCGGGUCUCCGGGCUCCAGAGAAACCGGUGGUCCCAGCUUCGGUGGUACAGAAUCGGGGCUGGAUCGGCCGGCCAACCUCCGUCAGAAAGGGGCUUUUGUGGGGUUUGCUUUCCCAUACCCCGAACAGGAGAACCACAACAACCCGGGGCCCGAGAGAGCGAAGAAGCAGGGCAGGGCGCAUCGGCGCCAUACGCGAAGGAAGAGGCUGAAACAACACCGAGGGAAAGGCUCCAAGCUGAGACCACGGGCCUUGGUGAAAAAGCCGGACAGCCUUGUGGAGCAUUUUCGGCCCUUCCAAGGGGAAGGAGCUGCAGUUGGCUCGGCCCCCACCUCUCUCCCCAGCCCCGUGGCCCAGACAUUGAUCGAGGAUCCCCUUCCUCCCGUCCGGGCCAUCUCCUCCCAGCCCCAGCUCCGUGAAUGGCAAGAAGGUGAUGUUAUGCCCACCCUGGACAUGGCUCUCUUCGACUGGACGGACUACGAAGACCUACGUCUGGACCUGUGGACCUCUGACAGGAAAAAAGGGCGGACUCACAAAAGCAGCAAUGAGACCACGUCGGCCGAAGGGGAGCCCUGCGAUCAUCACUUGGACUGCCUCUCAGGUCUCCGCUGUUACGCCAAAUUCCACCGGAACCGCAGAGUCGUCCGACGAAGAGGCCGCUGUGUGGAGCCGGACUCUGCGGAUGCCAAUCAGGGGUCUUUCCUUAACAUCUAG